ACCCACAGGACAAUGAGGAAAGAUGAUCUAUAAAAUUAUGAUGGCUACUGAGCCGCCGCUAGAGGGCAGACUCGCCCAGGCCAAAACAGGAAGUUCAACCGGACAUUGCAUUUUACUCCACCGAAGAAGAAGCCGGACGAAAACAAUUACAAACUGUUUUGUGCGGCACUUUCCUACAUUGUUGUCUAAUAUUAUUUCAGCAAACAAGACACCAUGCCCGUCAUCUGUGCGGCAAUAGGGUGCAACAACAAGUUUAUUAAAGGGUCGGAAAUAAGAUUUUACAGGUUCCCGCUCAGCAAGCCUCAACUUGCCAGCAAAUGGGUGCACAGCCUGGGGAUGAAAAACUUCAUCCCAACUGCCAACACCUGCCUCUGCUCGGAGCAUUUCCGGACCGACUGCUUCAGGGACUACAAUGGCAAACAGUUUCUGAGGGAGGAUGCAGUGCCCACCCUCUUCACCCAUGGACAAGACUCAUCAAAGAUUGAACUUCGUAAAAGAGGGGUGGUGCCAAAAGAGACAAACAUGGUGAAUAAAGUGGCAACACAAGCAGACCAAGACAGAGCGAGAGACGCCACGAGCAUACGCAGAGACAAAAGAGGAGGAUUAAGGGGUGGACGAGGAGGCCGAGGAGGAAAACAAAUACCUGACAGACAGAUGAUGGGAGCCAAGAACAGAGUGUACGACAGCAAAGGCCGACUGCUCUCCAACGGCAAGGACAUGUGUGACUGUCUGGAUGUGGACUGCAUGGGCUGCUUCUACCCCUGCCCCGACUGCGGCUCACGCAAGUGCGGAGUGGAGUGCCGCUGCGACAGGAAGUGGCUUUACGAGCAGGUGGAGGUGGAGGGCGGAGAGAUCAUCCGGAACAAGUUUGCCCUUUAGUUAGCAGCGACUCUUGGGGCUUUAAACGCUUGCUCUUGGGGGAUCAAAACGUCCUCCUUCCUGAAAUUCAGCUUCAAAAUCAGUCUUGCUGGACCAUUCAAGACUUUGAUGGUUGUUAACUCUUGUUGACUGAUAAUUAUGAGCUGUUGGACAGCUACUGCCAAUGGUAGAAAACUGUGGAGAGUAAAAGUGUUCUGCUGAAUGUGAAACCCAGAAUUCUACCUUUUCCCAUCAAGUUGUUUCAUUUUGUGUAGUUUAAUAUAUUUAGACAUUUUUUACUUUUGCUUGGAUUAUUUACAGAAGAGAAAUAAAAAAUCAUGACAUCUGAAACUGAAUGCUGACAUCAGGACUCGAAACAUUAAGGGUUUCACAGAACUGUAUAAUUUGUAGUUCAGCUGGUUUAAUCCUGUGACAUUUCUGAAUGAGAGAAAGAUGUGUAUGUACAUAAUGUUUGUUUUGAUUGGAAAAACUGAAAGACUUGUCAAAUCUCUGACCAUGUUUUACAGGAGAGGGAGAACAACUCUGAAAUAUAACAGCUAAUCUAAGACAGA